AUGUUAACUGUGUCUCCCCUCGCCGUAAACACCUCAGCAGAUCAUUUCAUGGCAACGGAUUUCGCAGAUUUUUCGACGGAAGACUUGCCGGACUUUACGACUGUCGGAGAUUUCACAGGCAGUCUCGAUUUUCUUGAAGGGAUCGAUUACUACGACAAUCUUUUCAUUGGAUUCGAUGCCGUUGGAGAUGUCGGUUUGCCAGAUAUGGAUAUUGAUCUCGGGGAAAAUUCCGGCAGCGGAAGAGAUGAAGAACAAGAAAUGGAGGGAAACACUUCGACGGCGUCGGAGACAUCGGAGAGAGACGGUGGUGAGCGUAAGCCAGAAGUUGGUGGUGGUGGUGGUAUGGACAAAACGGUGCGUCGAGGCAAACGUAGAGGGAAGAAAAAUAAAGAUCGUUUAACCGUUGGAAAUGAAAUUAAGAAAAAACCCAAGGUGGACUGGACGGCGGAGUUACACCGGAAAUUCGUACAGGCAGUGGAGCAGUUAGGAAUAGACAAGGCGGUGCCGUCUCGGAUUUUGGAAAUUAUGAACGUCAAGUCUCUCACUCGUCACAACGUCGCUAGCCAUCUUCAGAAAUAUAGGUCGCAUCGAAGGCAUGUGCUGGCUCGUGAUGCAGAAACUGCCAGCUGGAAUCUCCGUCGACAUGCGAUGGUGGCAGUUGCCGGUGGAGGAGGAGUGAAAAGGCCGUGGAUGGCUCCUGCCUUAGGCUAUCCUCCACACGGGACACCACCAAUGCAUCACGGUCACUUCAGGCCUUUACAUGUGUUGGGAUAUCCUUCAUGGCCUAAACCAAAGUCUACCAAUCUGCCGACUGCUCCUCGGACGUUUCCAAUUCCGGCGGUUGCAGCGGCUCCUCCGUCUUGGCCUGGUCAUCCGCCGUACUGGCACCACCAACAACCACUCUAUCCACAGGGAUACGGUAUGGCAUCAUCAUCGAAUCAUUCGAUGUAUAUUAAAUCAGAAACAAGCAUCGGUGUUCCUACAAGACCAUUAGGCCCCACUAAUCUUAACUUCGACAUUCAUCCCUCUAUGGAGACCAUAGACGCCGCUCUUGGAGACGUCAUGACAAAGCCGUGGCUACCGCUUCCUCUGGGACUGAAACCGCCGUCAACUGACGGCGUCAUGACGGAGUUACAGCGUCAAGGCAUUUCUAAGGUUCCUCCUCCUUGA